AUGGCUUUGAAUCCUCAGCUUUUUUCUAAUGGCAUGCCAGUGCCUUUUGUCAACGAAACGUUCGUGCUAGCCAGAGAUGGCGUUGAAUUCGAAAUUGACAAGAUCCCAGGCGCACACGGGGAUCGUGUUAAAGCAAAGGGAACAAUCUACCUGUCAAAUAUCCGCAUGGUAUUUGUUGCAAAUAAACCUGUUGGCAAUUUUGCUGCUUUUGAUAUGCCCUUGCUCUAUGUUCAUGGUGAAAAAUUCAACCAGCCGAUAUUCUACUGCAACAAUAUUGCUGGACAUGUUGACCCUGUUGUACCUGAUAACGAGCACAGGGCUCUGUAUUCGACUCAAUCCUUCAAGAUUCUCUUCAAGGAAGGUGGUUGUGGAACUUUUGUCCCACUUUUUUUCAACUUAAUUUCGUCAGUUAGACAAUACAACCAACGUACCAGCACGGAAGCACAGCCUCAAAUGGAUCCUCUGCAAGCAGCACAAACUCCUGUUGAUGAGAUGAUGAGACAUGCAUAUGUUGACCCGAAUGACCCAACAAGAAUUUUCUUGCAGCAGCCAACUCAGGAAUCUCAGUUGAGGCGUCGCACAUACAAUCCACAUGCUGUUGAAAACUCAAUAUGA